AUGAAGUCCAAAGGGUCUGGAAUAACGAUCGCUAUCGAUCGCGGUGGCACAUUCACUGAUGUGCUCGCCAUCAUUCCGGGGAAACCGGACCUGUAUUUCAAAUUGUUGUCUGUUGACCCUGCCCACUAUCCAGAUGCCACCAUUGAAGGCAUUAGACGAGUUCUCUCUACGGUCAGGGGAUCGGAGAUACCUCGCGGGGAGCCACUGGAUACGUCUGAGGUUGCAUCAAUUCGCAUGGGCACAACUGUUGCUACAAAUGCAUUACUGGAAAGGAAAGGUUCGAAAUGUGCCCUGCUGAUCACGAAAGGAUUUGGCGACUUGAUGGUCAUUGGCGAUCAGUCAAGGCCAAAUUUGUUCGACCUUAAUGUAAGAAAACCAGGUGAACUGUAUGAAAAGGUGGUUGAGGUAGAUGAGCGUGUUACGCUUGAAGCCUACACGGAAGAUCCCCAGGAGCGGGACUUUGCCGAACUUGUGAACGGCGCCGACGUCAAGCUGGGAGUGACAGGAGAGGUCGUCCGAGUACUAAAGCCGUUGGAACACGAACGCCAGAUUGGAGAUAUCGCGGCAACUAUUGGCUUCACUAGCAUCUCGUUGUCCCAUGAUCUCUUGCCCGUGAUUAAGCUGGUUCACCGCGGGCACUCCACUACAGCAGAUGCAUAUCUCACGCCUGAGACGAAAAGGUAUCUGGACGGCUUCAUGAAAGGAUUCAAGGAAGGCUCAGAUAGCCACACGAGGAUCGAAUUUAUGCAGUCUGAUGGCGGACUCGUAGACUACCGGAAAUUCAGUGGCCUUCGUGCUAUUCUUUCGGGGCCCGCUGGCGGUGUUGUCGGCUAUGCUCGCACUAGCUUCGACGAGAAAGACCCGAAACCAGUCAUCGGGUUCGAUAUGGGUGGCACUUCAACGGAUGUUUCACGAUUUGGGGGCACCUACGAGCAUAUUACCAACUCGGUUACUGCUGGCGUGCACAUAAGUUGCCCGCAAUUGGAUGUGAACACUGUUGCCGCGGGCGGUGGAUCAAUUCUCUUCUUCCGGAAUGGCGUAUUUGUCGUUGGACCCGAAUCAGCUAGUGCGCAUCCGGGCCCGGCUUGUUACAGAAAGGGUGGUCCUUUAACCGUCACUGAUGCCAAUCUUCUGCUUGGUCGGCUGUUGCCAGAAACGUUCCCCAAGAUCUUUGGCCCGAACGAAGAUGAGGCACUUGGUGUAGAUAUCACCCGCAAGAAGUUCGCUGAGUUGACAAAGACCAUCAAUGAGUCGAUCGCGGGCAGCCGACCCGAGAUGACGGUGGAGGAGGUUGCGCUUGGCUUUCUCCAAGUUGCUAAUGUGAACAUGUCUAAGCCCAUUCGAGCGCUGACGGAGGCUCGUGGAUUCGAUGCUUCCGCCCAUAACCUUGCUAGCUUUGGUGGUGCUGGUGGCCGUAAGUCUCAAUUAUUACGUGCAGUGAUUAUUCAUCAGUACUCUUCGAUUCUCUCAGCCUACGGUAUGGCUUUGGCGGACGUCGUCGAAGAGCGGCAAGAGCCCGCAUCAAAGGCGUACGAGGAGUCUACUGCAGACUUUUUCACAGAGCGUCUGGAUGCUCUGGAGAAGCAAGCUCGUGACGCGCUAGCGGAGCAGGGGAUUGCCGAAGACGCAGUGAAGAUCGAACGCUUCCUCAACAUGCGCUACCAGGGGUCGGACAGUCAGCUCAUGAUUGCUGAGACUGGCGAUGAAGGUGGCUAUAUAUCAAACUUCACGAAAACCCACAUGCGAGAAUUCAGCUUCAUCAACGAGACGAGAAAAGUCAUUGUCGACGACGUUAGAGUGCGCGCAAGCGGAUCUGGUCACCGUGUUGAUGAACGGUCUUUCUUCACAGACUUGCAGACACUGGAAAAGAGGCAAGUUGUGCAUAACGACAAUACUCAGUUUAGACAAGUCUACUUUGAGGGUGGUUGGCAUUCAGUGCCAAGCUUGUUCUUGGGUGACCUUACCCCUGGAUCUAUCGUUGAGGGGCCAGCUUUGAUAAUUGACAGCACACAAACCAUUCUAGUUGCUCCCUCCUCCAAGGCAACCGUUCUGGCGCGACACAUAGUCAUCGACCUCGUACUUAACAACAAAAAGUCCGUCGACUCUAAGCGAGUAGACCCCAUUCAGUUGGCUGUGUUCGGCAACCGUUUCAUGAGCAUUGCCGAGGACAUGGGACGCACCCUGCAAAAGAUUGCCAUCAGCACCAAUGUCAAGGAGCGGCUAGACUUCUCAUGCGCGCUAUUCGAUGGCAACGGCGCGCUGACGGCCAACGCACCCCAUGUUCCAGUUCAUCUAGGCAGCAUGUCACGAGCCGUCAGGAUUGCGAUGGACCGUUGGCGGGAUGACCUGCAUCCGGGCGACAUUUUGGCUACCAAUCACCCUAUUGCGGGCGGAACGCAUCUACCGGACAUCACGCUAAUCUCUCCAGUGUUCGAUAAGACCAACACAUACAUUGACUUCUUUGUGGCUGCUCGUGCACAUCACGCUGAGAUCGGCGGUAUCGCGCCAGGCUCGAUGCCAUCAGACUCCGUCGAGCUCUAUCAGGAGGGUGCCGCGUUCGAGCAGUGGAAAAUUGUGUCUAAAGGCCACUUUGACGAUGCAGGCGUCACGCACCACUUUCUUGAUGUUCCAGGAUCAUAUCCCGGAUGUAGUCCGUCACGGCGGAUUCACGACAAUAUCGCUGAUCUAAAGGCACAAAUUGCGGCAAACCAAAAGGGUAUCAACCUUAUUCACGGCCUAUUCGAAGAGUAUGACCGAGAUACGGUGCUAUUCUACAUGAGAGCUGUGAAGACCACUGCCGCAGCUGCCGUACGCGACUUGCUGCGAGCCACGGCAAAGAAAUAUGCAGGCCAGAUGCCUCUCACUGCUGUAGACUACAUGGAUGACGGCAGUCCAAUUGCCCUAUCCAUAACAAUCGACGGUGAGGAGGGCACAGCUGUGUUUGAUUUCACCGGCACGGGUCUGGAAGCGUUCAACUGUCUGAACGCCCCAAUUGCUAUCACAUAUUCAGCAAUUCUCUACUGUCUGCGCUGUCUGAUUGGCACGGAUAUUCCCUUGAACGAAGGUUGCCUUGAACCUGUAACUGUGAUUGUGCCCGAAGACGUAGUGUUCAAAGCCUUCCAGGCAUCCGGCGCCAGUCACGGGUGCAUGAACAUCUUGUCGUUUGGAAGCGGUGGAUACGACAAGUCAACAGGCAAGUUCAUUCCCGGGUUCGGCUACGGCGAGACUAUUGCUGGUGGCGUUGGAGCCGGUCCCGGCUGGAAUGGCUACAGCGGUAGUCAGGUACAUAUGACGAACACCAAGAUCACGGAUCCGGAGAUCUUAGAGAAGCGAUAUCCUGUGAUCCUGCACUGA